AUGUCCAAGCGCGCGACGGCGGUUGCGUUGGUAGCCUUCGCCUGUUGUACGUUCUCGGUGCCCUUCGUCUUGUCCGGCAUCUCCGGCCCUUCUAUGUACGCGUCGGAGAAGCCCUUGGACGUGGCUGCCGUGCGACGCGGGGCGUUCAUGAACAGCGGCUCGAAGGACAUCGGGAGCUCGACGAACAGAUAA